AUGCGUGUUCUCCUUCUCGGCGCAACUGGAAACCUAGGUCGUCGCUGUAUCCCCGCCCUGCUCGCACACAAACAUAGCUCUCGGCUGAUAUUCGAAUCUUUGAACGCGGUAGUUGAGGGAGAUGCUACGGAUCAGCUGGGUAUCCAGAACGCUUUACUCGAACAUGAUGUCGAAGGGAUUAUUAAUGUUGCGGGUACUCAAGUUAAGCGCGGGGAAGAAUGGCAAUUGCACAAAAUUGCACGGGCGGUGUGUGAUGCGUUGAGACCAUUGGGAGUUUGGAUUUGUUGUGGGAUGGGUGUAUUAGAAUAUCCCGGUACUGGAUACCUUAUUGAAGAUUACAUGCCGAAGAGGCUCUCGGAGCAGCAUCGAGCUACUUGUGAUGUCGUCGAGAGCAUGCCUUCCUCAAAGGUACAAUGGUCGCUACUAUGUGUGGCAUUCAUGGUACCUGCCGAUGCGAAACAACAAUGCGUUGAACUUUUGGAUGCACCGCAACAUCAUAAUCUACUAUUGAGCGCUGGUGCUCCUCCGGCGUUUGACAAUACCUGGUUGGCGUAUAUUCUUUGGGUGGAAUUGUGGAUAGACUUUUGGUUUAGCGUACUAUGGUCAUACUCGACAAAGUAUGAGGAUGUUGCCGACUUCCUUGCAGAAGACUUGGAAUAUGGGCAUGAGCAAUGGGUGGGAAAGAAGGUGGGAAUGAAGGAUAGAAAGAAGUUGAAGUCAGCCUGA